AUGAUGCUGAGAGAAGUCAAAGCACGAAACCCACGCACUGCGCGAAUCCUCAAGGCGCGAGAACCGCAACUUAUUGAGCAGCCGAAACGCGUCCUCCUUCUCCAUGGGCCAAAAUGUCCAUUCCCUCUUCGAACCGCACUGAAAACCUUUCAUUCUCUCACCCAACCCCACUCGAUCCUUUUUCACAAGAAGAACGAAAAUAUUCACCCAUUUGAAAAUACUGAAAGUUUGGAGUUUUUAGCAACAAAAAAUGAAUGUGGCAUCGUUAUAUGGGGUAGUAGUAACAAAAAGCGACCAAAUUGCAUUACAUUAGUGCGUGUGUUCGAUGCGAAAGUUUUGGAGAUGUGUGAGCUAUUGCUGCUUGGAACGCAAGAGCAGAUGGAGCAGGAUGCUGCAGCCCGGAGUGGAUUUCACACAAAGCUAAAUGUCGGUCUGGGUAUGAAGCCUAUGAUAUUGUUUGCUGGUAGCGCAUGGGCAGACUCUACCGUGCCAACGUUUGCCAUGCUCAAGAGCAUGCUGUUGGAUAUUUUCAAGAUCGAGGAAACAGCAAAAAUCGAUGUCGAAGGAUUACAAUACUUGCUCACGGUUGCCGCCGAUGAGCUAAGCGAAGGAACAACACCUGUUAUUCAUUUGCGGUGGUACCGAAUUCGGACUAAAAAAAGCGGCCAGAAGCUUCCGCGAGUUGAAUUGGACGAAAUUGGCCCGAAAUUCGAUUUUAGGUUAGGCCGUAUUCGAGAAGCUGAUCAAAGCAUGAUGAAGGAGGCUAUGAAGCAAGGAAAGCGGCCACAAGAUGCUGAGAAAUCGAAGAAGAACAUCAGUAUGGAUUCUAUCGGCGACAAGAUUGGACGAGUCCACCUUGGUCGUCAAGACCUAAGCGGGUUACAAACGAGAAAAAUGAAAGGGCUUAAGCGUAGAAAUGAUAUGGAAGAUGAAAAUGCUGACGUCGAGAUGAUGGAUGUUGAUCUAGCGGAGGAAGAGACCAACAAGAGACCAAGAACAGACUGA